AUGUUCAAUCCAAAAGCCUUCCUCAAAGGGCUAUCAGCACCCAAAAAAAACGACAAAUUCUCGAUAUCGAUACUGAAGAAUUCACUUCGACAUACCCUGGUGGAGCGACGUCUCAAUACUCCUUUUCCAUCGACUGGAAUGAAUAUGGAGGCCCUGCUCAGGAUGCACCGAUACUUCACAUCGACUUGCAACUACGAUGCGUCACUGAAAGAAUUUGUGGCAUUGAAACAACUGAGUAUCGGAAUUGGACUGUUGAUUUACUUCGCCCAAGGCGUCGAGAUCGAUGAUGCAAAAAGAGAAAGUGUCAGGUUAAUCCACUGGCUGUCAGAUAGCCUGGAAUAUUUGUCUAUUCGAGGCUACGACAAGGGAGGAAAUGAAGCACACGAUAAGGAAGUGGCUGCGUCAAUGGCCCGAUUUGCCUCGGGUUCUAUGAGGUUGACGGAGAUCAAAGGGGUUAAUGAGAUUAUUUGCGAAUAG